GGGGCAGGGCUGGAGGGGCACCCUGUGGCCAUCAGGUUCUGCCCCUGGCGCCGGGGACCUCACGUGUCCCCUCCGUGUCCUCCGCCCGGCCUGGUGGCCUCUGUCGGCUCCUCGAGCUCAUGACCCCGAGCCCUGGCUGGGAGUGGUGUCCACGCUGCUGCUCCCGGAAGUGGCUGCUCACGUUCGCAUCUGCCUGUCCCUGGCUUUGUGCUGGGCGGUGGCCAGCGUGGGUGUCAGCAGCGACUCCUGACUGCGGAUGUUGGCAGUGGACGGAGGCUGGCGAGUGACAGCUCAGGGCAACAGGAAGGAGCGGGCAGCUGGGGAGGCUUCCAGGGUGGCGGGGAGAGCCAGUGGGGCUGUAGUGCCUGUCCAGGGUCACUGGGGACCCAGAAAGGCACCUGUGACAGCCCCUCCCUGCCUGUGGCCUCGUUUUUUUUUUUUUUUUUUUUUUUCCAAAAACGUCCCUUCAGCUGACCACGGACAACCCCCUGCACCGGGGACAGUGACCCCUGUGUGACUGGUCAGCUCUGACCACAGCUGUGAGGGCCUGGACCUGUGCUACUCUGCCCCCAAGUUCCAGAUGUGGGGGCCCCAAGGCCAGGCUUGGUGGGUGGGGAGGGGCAGCGUGGCUCCUGGUCUCUAGGUCCCGGGAGGCUCCCGCCCUGGUCCCUGUCCCCCGCCUACAGUGCACCUGCUGCUGUCUCUGAGGAGGAAGCAGGCUCCGGUGCUAGCCACACCCGCCGUGCCCAUGCCAUGGCCAGGUGGAGCAGCCAGGAGUGGGUGAGGCAGGGGGCACCCCAGCCCUGACACCUCAAACGGAAUACCUCAGGUGUGAAGAUUCCUGGGCCAGCGUGGCUGCACGUGCAGCCGGCACCCUGAUGGUGGUGUUGGGAUGGGGCCGGCUCUGGCCCAUCCCAGCCCUGGUGAGCCAGAACCUGGGGUGUGGGAGUGUUCAUAUGAGAGGUUGAAGAACACAGUGGGCAGACACAAGCCCCCUCCCUGCUGCAGGCAGCGGAGGCCGAGGGACCCCUCGUGUGGGGUGCUGAGCCUGGGACAGGGCCUGGCUCUUCUGUUGGCUGCCGCAUACCCGGGCUCAUGUCCCGCCCCCGCCCCCCCCAUGCUUCCCUUCGAACCCUGUGGGUCCUUGCCAGCUGGGGCAGCUCAGCAUGUGCCAGGCUGAACCUCCCGGAUCCCCUCUGCCACCCAACAGCUGAGCCAGUGACCUGGGCCUGGAAUUCCAGCUCCAACCCCCUGGCCCCAGGCCCCAGACACCUCAGAGCACCUGGGGACUCGGGGUGGCUGGGACUUCCCCUCUGCCUCUGUCCUGGAAGUGGGGAGGGGCAGGCACACCCCCCCACCAGGCUGCCCCCCAGGAGGCCUGCAGCCUCCUCUACUGACCUUUUCUGGCCCCCGGGAAAGGACCGGAGCUGUUCUGCUCUGCUGAGGGCAGCCGUUCUCUUCCCCGUGUGGCCGCGUCCCCUGCUGACUGUGGAGCAGCUGGUGGCCACCGGGACCUGCUGGAGCCUCCCUGGGGUGGGGGUGGGGCAGGCCCUGAUGCCCGAGGGUAGAGUUUCAGAUUUGUUUGUGCCUGUAGGAGGCACCUUGGGACGGGGUGGGGCGUUCGCCCGGCUCUGACAUUCAGGUAACCUGGCCAACAAGUGGCUCCAGCUGCCCAGGUAGGCCAGGGGACUGGAGCUUCUUCCAGGGAAUUCUGGGAGGCAUGUCCAGCCUGGUGGUCCUUGGCAGGCCCUGGGCAGAGGACCGUGUCAGCCUGUGCGCGGGGUGGCUGGGGGGGGCAGCUGAGGCUUGUCCAGGCCGUGCCAGGCAAAAUCCGUGCUAUUAAUAUCAGGCGCGCACGAGCCCCAGCCGGGUGAUCCUCUUAGGCCCCCGGCUUUGGCCUCAGGCUGGCGGCGAGUCCUGUCUGGUGGGGACCCCUGGGGCCCCCAGCUGCUGUGCUCCCCACCUGAGCAGCAGCAGCCUCUGCCAGCCACCUGGCCUUGCACCUGCUCUGCUGCCGCAGGAGUGGUUGCGCCCAUGGAGGGCAGGUUCAUGCGGCCAGAGCUCCCGGGCUGUCCUGGGGGGCUGCUGUGGGUCUGAGAGGUCUGCGCACACACCCCUGGGAGCACCCACCUCCGGGACACACCUGCAUCCUCAGCCAUGAGCAGCCCCCCAACUUACCCUGGCAUCAGGAUCUCAGGGUGCUGGGCCCUUGGAGCAGAAGGCAGCAGCAAUGCCGAGUCCCUGGACAGACUCCUGCCGCCCGUGGGCACCGGCCGCUCGCCCCGGAAGCGCACCACCAGCCAGUGCAAGUCGGAGCCGCCACUGCUACGCACGAGCAAGAGAACCAUCUACACGGCCGGGCGGCCUCCCUGGUACAACGAGCACGGCACACAGUCCAAGGAAGCCUUCGCCAUCGGCCUGGGGGGCGGUAGCGCCUCCGGGAAGACCACUGUGGCCAGGAUGAUCAUCGAGGCCCUGGACGUGCCCUGGGUGGUCCUGCUGUCCAUGGACUCCUUCUACAAGGUGCUGACGCAGCAGCAGCAGGAGCAGGCCGCGCGCAACAACUUCAACUUCGACCACCCCGACGCCUUCGACUUCGACCUCAUCGUGUCCACCCUCAAGAAGCUGAAGCAGGGCAAGAGCGUCAAAGUGCCCAUCUACGACUUCACCACGCACAGCCGCAAAAAGGACUGGAAGACGCUGUAUGGCGCCAACGUCAUCAUCUUCGAGGGCAUCAUGGCCUUUGCCGACAAGUCGCUGCUCGAGCUCCUGGACAUGAAGAUCUUCGUGGACACCGACUCGGACAUCCGCCUGGUGCGGCGGCUGCGCCGUGACAUCAGCGAGCGGGGGCGGGACAUCGAGGGCGUCAUCAAGCAGUACAACAAGUUCGUGAAGCCCGCAUUCGACCAGUACAUCCAGCCCACCAUGCGCCUCGCCGACAUCGUGGUGCCCAGAGGCAGCGGGAACGCGGUGGCCAUCGACCUGAUCGUGCAGCACGUGCACAGUCAGCUGGAGGAGAGGAAGCUCCGUUGGGAUCUGGCCGCGCUGGCCUCCGCGCACCAGUGCCACCCCCUGCCCCGGACGCUGAGUGUCCUCAAGAGCUCGCCGCAGGUGCGAGGCAUGCACACCAUCAUCAGGGACCGGGAGACCAGCCGCGACGAGUUCAUCUUCUACUCGAAGAGGCUGAUGCGGCUGCUCAUCGAACAUGCGCUCUCCUUCUUGCCCUUCCAGGACUGUGUGGUGCGGACCCCUCAGGGGCAGGACUAUGCGGGCAAGUGCUAUGCGGGGAAGCAGAUCACGGGGGUGUCCAUCCUGCGGGCGGGCGAGACCAUGGAGCCUGCGCUGCGAGCCGUGUGCAAGGACGUGCGCAUCGGCACCAUCCUCAUCCAGACCAACCCACUCACUGGGGAGCCCGAGCUCCACUACCUGCGGCUGCCCAAGGACAUCAGUGACGACCAUGUGAUCCUGAUGGACUGCACGGUGUCCACCGGGGCGGCAGCCAUGAUGGCGGUGCGCGUGCUCCUGGACCACGACGUGCCCGAGGACAAGAUCUUCCUGCUGUCGCUGCUGAUGGCGGAGAUGGGCGUGCACUCCGUGGCCUACGCCUUCCCCCGCGUCAGGAUCAUCACCACCGCCGUGGACAAGCGCGUCAACGACCUGUUCCGUAUCAUCCCAGGCAUUGGGAACUUCGGUGACCGCUACUUUGGGACAGAUGCAGCCCCUGACGGCAGUGACGAGGAGGAGGCGGCCUCCGUGGGCUGAGCUGCCUCCCACCCAGGGCCCAGAUGUGCUAACGUACUGCAACUUUGGAGAUGUUGCGAUGUGGUGUGUUCUGUGCAAUCAGUAAAGCUUCAGGACGGA